GUCUGGGGUAGCGGCCGGGUACGUAGUUCGGAGCGGAUUGUCGGGUAGUGCUCCUGCAGCAUCAUUGGCCGUAUCUCUGCCCGGCAACGUGGUAAUGGAGCGUGCAGAGUAUAAGAAGUUUACCUUCACCUGCGCCCUUCUGCAAGGAUCAAGAUAACGCUCUCUCUUUCCCCCCCAGAGACCACCGUCGCCAUGGCAGACAUCAAAGACGCAGCCAGCUUCCCACCAGACGAGAAGAUCGAAGUCAUCAAUGACACCCGGGGCGCGAGCAUCGACCCGGUCGCAGAGAAGAAACUGCUGCGGAAAUGCGACCUCUACGUCCUCCCGCCUCUCUUCGUCCUGUUCCUUCUGGCCUUCCUAGAUCGAACCAAUAUUGGCAAUGCAAAGAUCCAAGGGCUUACGGAAGAGCUCGAUAUGCACGGCUCCGACUACAACAUUGCCCUGUUCAUCUUUUUUGUCCCGUAUAUCCUGUUUGAAGUUCCCUCGAACCUCGUCCUGAAAAAACUAGCUCCUUCGACCUGGUUGUCUCUUAUCAUGGUUCUUUGGGGCAUAGCGACAAUAGGCAUGGGCUUGGUGAACAACUUUAAAGGACUCGUUGCCAUGCGUGUUCUCAUCGGUUUCUUCGAGGCCGGCUUGUUUCCAGGUUGCGUCUACCUCAUUAGCAUGUACUACAAACGCUACGAACUCCAGUGGCGCCUGACUCUCUUCUUCGCCGCUAGUAUUAUCGCAGGCGCCUUCGGUGGCUUACUAGCCUUUGCCAUCGCCAAGAUGGAUGGCAUCCGCGGAUAUGGCGGUUGGCGCUGGAUCUUCAUCAUCGAGGGCCUGGUUACCGUUGUCUUUGGCUUAGUCUCCAAAUUCUGGGUCCCGGACUGGCCCGAAACCGCCAAAUUCCUCAAAGAAGACGAGCGCGCCCUCCUAAUCGCCCGCCUGUCCCACGACAGCGGCGAUGCCGUCAUGAACCGCUUCGAUAAAGCCGCUGCCCGUCGCGUCUUCCGCGACCCAAAGAUCUAUCUAGGUACCCUGGCGUACUUCGGCAUCGUAAACACGGGUUACGCGGGUUCCUUCUUCAUCCCGACUAUCGUCAAGGAACUCGGCUACACCUCCUCUGCCGCACAGAUCCGCAGCAUCCCCAUCUUCGUCGUCGCCACCGUGGUCACGUUCUGCACGGCGUGGGCUUCCGACCGCGUCAGGCACAGGUACUGGUUCUGCAUCGCUGGCCUGAUUGUCGCAAGCGCAGGCUAUAUCCUGCUGCUUGCGCAGAACAAUCUAUCCUCGGGCGUUAAGUACUUCGCACUCUUCCUCAUCGUGCCCGGCGGAUACAUCACGCAGCCUAUUACUUUGGCCUGGAUGUCAAAUCUCGUGUCGGGCCACUACAAGCGCAGUGUCAGUUCGGCGAUGCAGGUCGGCCUCGGAAACAUCGGCGGCAUCGUCGCCUCGAACGUGUUCCUCGCGAGCGAGAGCCCCAAGUAUCCGACCGGAUACGGCGUCUCGCUCGGCAUGCUGUGGAUAUGCGGCGGCGCGUGCACGGCUUUGUAUGUGCUUGCGAAGAGCGAGAAUAGGAAGAGGGCAAGGGGCGAGCGGGAUCAUAGGCUUGAGGACCCCGAUGCGGAUAACCUGGGUGACGACCAUCCGCAUUUCAAGCUGGCUACUUAAGAGAGGGGCUAAAGGCGGGAUAGAGGUUUGGAUAUAGAGGUGAUAAAGGCGUUGCGUAGAGGGCAGAGAGCAGCGAUCGCGGUGGGCCAUGGUAGUGUUCGCUACGCCAGG